AGAAGAAGAAGCAGAAGAAGAAGAAGAAGAAGAAGAAGAAGAAGAGGCGCUACUCAGGGUGCCCAAAACUUUUGGAGAAACGUCACAAUCUGAAGUGAACUCGGUCAAGUCGUGAGAUCUUGUGUCCAGGACCGCAUCAGUGUAGAAUAAUGAUGUAAAGAUGGCGGAGCUACAAAUGCUUUUGGAAGAAGAAAUUCCAGCCGGUCGGAGAGCGUUACUGGAUAGUUUUACGAAUCUCGAAAGAGUUGCUGAUUACUGCGAAAGCAACUAUGUGCAGUCCCCAGAUAAGCACCGAGCCCUGGAGGAGACAAAGGACUAUACGUCCCAGUCCCUGGCCAGUGUAGCCUAUCUGAUCAACACCUUGGCUAAUAAUGUCCUCCAAAUGCUUGAUAUCCAGGCAUCGCAGCUCCAACGCAUGGAGUCCUCCAUCAACCAUAUCUCUCAGACGGUGGACAUCCACAAGGAGAAGGUGGCAAGGAGAGAGAUUGGAAUCCUGACUACCAAUAAGAACACAUCUCGCACCCACAAAAUCGUUGCUCCAGCCAAUCCGGAGAGGCCAGUACGCUACAUCCGUAAACCCAUAGAGUACAAUGUGCUGGAUGACAUCGGCCAUGGAGUCAAGGUCAACAGCCAGAAUAUGAAGAUGGGUGGAGGUCUCCCUCGAACCAACCCCCCAACCCAGAAACCGCCCAGCCCCCCCAUGCCAGGGAUGGGAACCAUUGGGCGCCACUCCCCCUAUCGGACGCUGGAGCCCGUUCGUCCUCCUGUGGUCCCUAACGACUAUGUUCCCAGCCCCACACGCAGCAUGGCCCAGCAGGAGAUUCCUGUACUCACCACUACAGUUAACCAGCGGACACGCACCUACAGCAGUCACCCCGACAGCAGUGGAGGCAGUCACCCCAACAGCAGUGGAGGCAGUCACCCCGACAGCAGUGGAGGCAGUCACCCCAACAGCAGUGGAGGCAGUCACCCCGACAGCAGUGGAGGCAGUCACCCCGACAGCAGUGGAGGCAGUCACCCCGACAGCAGUGGAGGCAGUCACCCCGACAGCAGUGGAGGCAGUCACCCCGACAGCAGUGGAGGCAGUCACCCCGACAGCAGUGGAGGCAGUCACCCCGACAGCAGUGGAGGCAGUCACCCCGACAGCAGUGGAGGCAGUCACCCCAACAGCAGUGGAGGGAGUCACCCCAACAGCAGUGGAGGCAGUCACCCCAGCAGCAGUGGAGGCAGUCACCCCAACAGCAGUGGAGGCAGUCACCCCAACAGCAGUGGAGAGAACAGUGGGAGUGGCUCUGUAGGAGUACCCAUCGCUGUGCCAACAGCCUCUCCAACAGGGACCUCUUCUCCUGCUACCCAAUCCCCACCGUCCGCACCUGACCGCGCCCCUAACACUGAGGCCCAAUCGGCUGAGGCUGUAGCCGAGGCCCCUCUUCCCGCCCAAUAUCCUCUCUCUGCUGCAGCCAUCUCGGCAGAAGUCUCAGAUGCACCUCCUCCUGCAGAGGAGGAGGAGUCAGCCGUGAUUGAGUACAGUGACCCCUAUGCCGAGGAGGACCCUCCCUGGGCCCCACACACCUACCUGGAGAAAGUUGUCGCCAUCUACGACUACGCAGCAGACAAGGAGGACGAGCUGUCGUUCAACGAGGGCUGUAUCAUCUAUGUGAUCAAGAAGAACGACGAUGGCUGGUACGAGGGGACUAAGACUGGUACCUCCGGGCUCUUCCCUGGUAACUACGUAGGAUCCAUCAUGCAUAACGCAGACUGAGGCCACCUUCCCUCCAAGCCCCAACCCCAGAGACACACUCUGAACCACAUCCCAGAAGAGAACAGGGAGGAGAUAGCUGUGUACCCAAUGCAUGGAUAACAUGUAUCUAUAUACGGGUUGUACAGACUACCAUGCAGACUAAUUAGUGUACCUGUAUACGGGGUGUACAGACUACCAUGCAGACUAAUUAGUGUACCUGUAUGCGAGGUGUACAGACUACCAUGCAGACUAAUUAGUGCAUUGGGGUGUAAAAAGGAGACAUUGAAGAUAAUUGGUGGAGGAGACUUGGAUUACUGACUCAGGAAAAGAGGAAGAGGAGUGGAGAAUCAAGACUGGGCUUCUGCUCACUGUGGAGUGAGAGACACACUACCAUACACCACCGAAACUCAAGUAAUAACUACCAAUAACAAUCAUUUCUAAGACAUAUGAAGGAUAAACUGUUUUAAUAAAAACAACUAUUUUAUUCCCUGUGUUUGGAAGGAAAGAUGAGGAAAGAUUAUCCUGAGGAAAAGAAACGAGUGGUCACAGCGGAGCGCUCCGUGGACUGGACUGGUAUGGAUCGCUCCGUGGACUGGACUGGUAUGGAGCGCUCCGUGGACUGGACUGGUAUGGAGUGCUCCGUGGACUGGACUGGUAUGGAGCGCUCCGUGGACUGGACUGGUAUGGAGCGCUCCGUGGACUAGACUAGACUGGUAUGGAGAGCUCCGUGGACUAGACUGGUAUGGAGAGCUCCGUGGACUAGACUAGACUGGUAUGGAGCGCUCCGUGGACUAGAAUGGUAUGGAGCGCUCCGUGGACUGGACUGGUAUGGAGCGCUCCGUGGACUGGACUGGUAUGGAGCGCUCCGUGGACUGGACUGGUAUGGAGCGCUCCGUGGACUGGACUGGUAUGGAGCGCUCCGUGGACUGGACUGGUAUGGAGCGCUCCGUGGACUGGACUGGUAUGGAGCGCUCUGUGGACUGGACGGGUAUGGAGCGCUCCGUGGACUAGACGGGUAUGGAGCGCUCCGUGGACUAGACUGGUAUGGAGCGCUCCGUGGACUAGACUGGUAUGGAGCGCUCCGUAGACUGGUAUGGAGCGCUCCGUGGACUAGACUGGUAUGGAGCGCUCCGUAGACUGGUAUGGAGCGCUCCGUGGACUAGACUGGCAUGGAGCGCUCCGUGGACUAGACUGGCAUGGAGCGCUCCGUGGACUAGACUGGCAUGGAGCGCUCCGUGGACUAGACUGGCAUGGAGCGCUCCGUGGACUAGACUGGCAUGGAGCGCUCCGUGGACUAGACUGGUAUGGAGCGCUCCGUGGACCUUUAUGGAGAGCUCCGUGGACUAGAAUGGUAUGUUGUGUGUAGGGUACGCCAUAGACUGGUAUGGAGCGCCCCGUGGACUAGACUGGUAUGGAGCGCUCCGUGGACUGGUAUGGAGAGCUCCAUGGACUAGACUGGUAUGUUGUGUAUAGGGUACGCUGUGGACUGGUAUGGAGCGCUCCGUGGACUGGUAUGGAGCGCUCCGUGGAAUAGACUGGUAUGUUGUGUAUAGGGUAUGCCAUAGACUGGUAUGGAGCGCUCCGUGGACUAGACUGGUAUGUUGUCUGUAGGGUACGCCAUAGACUGGUAUGGAGCGCUUCGUGGACUGGUAUGGAGCGCUCCGUGAACUAGACUGGUAUGUUGUGUGUAGGGUACGCCAUAGACUGGUAUGUUGUGUAUAGGGUAUGCCAUAGACUGGUAUGGAGCGCUCCGUGAACUAGACUGGUAUGUUGUCUGUAGGGUACGCCAUAGACUGGUAUGGAGCGCUUCGUGGACUGGUAUGGAGCGCUCCGUGAACUAGACUGGUAUGUUGUGUAUAGGGUACGCCAUAGACUGGUAUGGAGCGCUCCGUGGACUAGACUGGUAUGGAGCGCUCCGUGGACUGGUAUGGAGCGCUCCGUGGACUAGACUGGUAUGUUGUGUAUAGGGUAUGCCAUAGACUGGUAUGGAGCGCUCCGUGGACUGGUAUGGAGCGCUCCAUGGACUGGACUGGUAUGUUGUGUAUAGGGUACGCCAAAGACUGGUAUGGAGCGCUCCGUGGACUAGACUGGUAUUGAGCGCUCCGUGGACUGGUAUGGAGCACUCCGUGGACUGGACUGGUAUGUUGUGUAUAGGGUAUGCCAUAGACUGGUAUGGAGCGCUCCGUGGACUAGACUGGUAUGUAGCGCUUCGUGGAUUGGUAUGGAGCGCUCCGUGGACUAGACUGGUAUGUAGCGCUCCGUGGACUAGACUGGUAUGGAGAGCUCCGUGGACUAGACUGGUAUGGAGAGCUCCGUGGACUGGUAUGGAGCGCUCCGUGGACUAGACUGGUAUGGAGAGCUCCGUGGACUGGUAUGGAGCGCUCCGUGGACUGGACUGGUAUGGAGAGCUCCGUGGACUAGACUGGUAUGUUGUGUAUAGGGUACGCCAUAGACUGGUAUGGAGCACUCUGUGGACUAGACUGGUAUGGAGAGCUCCGUGGAAUAGACUGGUAUGUUUUGUAUAGGGUACACCAUAGACUGGUAUGUUGUGUAUAGGGUACACCAUAGACUGGUAUGUUGUGUAUAGGGUACACCAUAGACUGGUAUGUUGUGUAUAGGGUACACCAUAGACUGGUAUGUUGUGUAUAGGGUACGCCAUAGACUGCAUGCUUCAACAGUUUGACAUUUCACCCGUUUUCCUUUUGAGCUUUGCCUUUCCUUCAGAUGUGGUUGUUUUAUCAUAUUUAGGGACAUCCUUAAAUGGUUGUUUUUCCUGUGUUUUAUAUUGUACAACAGACGAUGACACUAACACCGUGUAAAUGUGAUCAGUGGUGAUAGUUGCUGGUUGAAAAUACAAGGACCUUCUAAUCAGUACAUUUGCAUGAGCAGAGUUUUGGCUUUCCGUGGUGACAUCACCAUGCUGUAUAGACCAAUAACAAAGAGUUCCAAUCCUCUGCUAAUAACAGCUAGUUCAAACAUUCUUGAGUUUUUUGCUAAAAAGCUAUUUGUUCCCAUUUUAAUGGAAAUCUAUUACAGUAAGGUACUUAACUGUUACUCAGAAAGGAUUUGAUAUUGAUGUAAAAACGUCUGCAUUCAGCCUUUAACAUGGACCUCCACUCUGAAGGUGUUGAAUAUUUUGUUGUGUGUGGACAGGGCCGGCCUUGCCUUUUUAGGGCCCUAACCUAAAACAUAUUUUUUUUGGGGGGGGGGACACCG